CUGACUGGGAGAGAAUAGCGCCUUUGCUUCCUUACCGGAUUUAUUUGUUAGUUACAUUUUUCCUUUUGUUUAAUCUUUUAUUGACCAUUCGUAUCCGAAUACCAGCGACUUGCCCGGACGGUCCCCACUUGCAAGGGAGAGAGAGCUGGCUGACUGGAGCAUGUGAAGAGGGAGGAUUCCUUCAGGAGGAUCAGGAUGUGGCUUUUUACAAUUGGUUCGCCAUGGCAAGACAUGUCCAGUGAUCAGACAUUCUUUUCCAGUUAAAGAGUUUUCUUAUUUUUUUUUCCUCUUUUUGAGUUGUCAGUCUGGUUUCCACGUCUAAACGACAAUUUUACCCUUUGUCUAUUAGUGGAUUUCAUGGACGACCGUUUGGGAUCUUUGCUUUGGAACCUGCUGCUGGGCUUUCAAUGACUCAAUGCAUUCUCUACUCCAGCCUAUGCCCUUUGGAUAUUAUCUGAUCGUUUACUCGUCAUUGGAUUUCAUGCACUGAGUAACUAUACGUACUACUUGUUGGAUAUUGUUAGGAAAUAUCUGUUGGUAUUUCUUUCUGCUGGGAGUUCAACUGUGCCAGUGAGUGCCCUUGACAGGGUUGAUUAUCUUCUCUGCUAGAGGAGUCUCUAGGUGGGCUUUUCCUCUGAGGAAAUGGAUGGCCCUCGGUCCAGUGGGCUCCGCAAAAAGAGGAAGUCUAAGUCCGAGAGGGAUCGGGGACGAAGAUCAAAUGGGACAAGGAACAAUAACCAUGUGAGGGGGGGCUGUGUGGGGCUCCGCUUCUCCUCAGAUUCGGAGAGGGAGGAAAGAGUCAGGAACCCCUUUUCUUCCCGUCCGAAGCCCCCCAGGAGAAAGAGAAAGGAGUCUACGUCUGCUGAGGAGGACAUCAUAGAUGGCUUUUCUAUCUCUGGUUUCAUGACGCUGGAGGAGCUGGAUAAGGACCUGUCCCUGAAGUCCCAGGAGCGCAUGGAGAACCAGGAGAACCAUGAGGAGAAUCAGGCGGGGCCCCCCCUGUGCAAGAAGAAGCCCCCUAAAGUCCCUAAUGGAUUCAGCCUGGAUACCCACAAGGCCCUCAACAACCACCUUAACAACCACAACAACCAUAGCAACCAUCACCAGCACUCUGACCAGGAGAACAACAUCCCACGCCUGGCUCUUCACACCUACGGCAAGAAGAAGAACAAGAACAGCCUGCAGAAGAAACACAGGCCGAUGAAGCCGGGACAGAACAACUGUAAGGACAGCGACAGUGAGAGCCUGAGUGGGCGGUCCAAGCCGUCUGUCGGAAGCAGCUCCAGAGACAGGCUGAGUGACUGUGACAGCGAGAGCGACCAGGAACACAAGGGCUCUGAUGCAAGCUCAGAGAAAUUCUUCAGCACUGCUGCAGUUAAAGUUCCAGAUUUCAGCAUCAAUGCAGUCUCCACCAAUGACAGCCAGGAGCGUGGCGGCCUGGGCCUCCCCAAGGUGUCAGGCCUAGAGCGCAGCCAGGAGAAGAGCCUGGAAAGCUGCAGGGAAGCCCUCGUGCCUCCCCCCGCUCCCAGUGCUCCCAAGCAGCCCCUACCCCCGCAGCCCUGUGCAGCUGCCCGCCCCCUGCCUCUGUCCCUACCCUCCUCCCAGACCCAGCCCUUUCCCCCCAGCUCCCGUCUGGCCCAGGUACCUGUCCACCAGUCCCCACGCUCAGAGGCUUCCCUCAGGCCUCAGAUCCCUGAAGUCCUGCCUCUCGCUCAGGGCCAAGAGCCCUCGCAGCCCCCCCAACCCAGGCCCCAGCACCAGCCUCAGCCCCUGCCCCACCCGCGGCCUCCGCCCACCGCCAGCCUGCACCCACACCUUCCGUCUCCCGCCCUACCGGCCCACCACCCCAGCCAGAGCCAGGCCAGGCUUCAUCGCCCUCCCUCACGCUGUGGGCCACACCCUCGCCCCCUGUCUGCCUACAGCAAUAGCCUUAGCUUCAACUGCCUCAGCAGUCGGAGCAGUACUCCGGGCGGUACCAAGCCCCACGGCCCCACUGGCCCGUCCCCACACCUACCGAACCUCCCGCCAUCCGGCUCAGUCGCUGCAGCAGCAGCCACCGCCUUCCCCCUGCCCAUCCCAGCCAAUCAGAUUGCUCCCCACGGCUUCCCCCCCGCCCUGCAGUCAUCGCCACACCCCCAUCACCCCAAUAUGUUUGCGCCUCCAGCAGUCUUGCCCCCACCUCCGCCACUGACGUCUAGCACCCUGCCGGUCCCCGGAGGACACCCCGCCGCUGGGACACCCUACUCAGAACAAGACCUGCUGCGCCAGGAGCUCAACAACCGUUUCCUCGCCUCGCAGAGCGCCGACCGUGGGGCCUCCCUGGGCCCGCCCCCCUACCUGCGCACCGAGCUCCACCAGCACCAGCACCAGCACCAACACCAACACACGCACCAGCACACCCACCAGCACACCUUCACUCCUUUCUCCCACGCCAUCAUGCCAACCCCUGCACCCCCCAUGGUGCGUACCCCAGCCAGAAAUUUUGAAAAAUUCCCAUCAAAAGUUGACCCCUUCUACAGACACAGCCUGUUCCACUCCUACCCCCCGGGCGUGUCCGGCAUUCCUCCAGUGAUCCCUCCAAACGGGCCAUUCGGCUCGCUGCAGGGGGCCUUCCAGCCCAAGACUUCUAACCCACUGGAUGUGGCCUCAAGACCUGGAGCAGUCCCACACACACUCUUACACAAGGACCCCAGGCUAACGGAUCCAUUUCGGCCCAUUCUCAGGAAACCAGGGAAGUGGUGUGCCAUGCAUGUCCAUAUGGCCUGGCAGAUCUACCACCACCAACAGAAAGUCAAGCAGCAGAUGCAGGUCGACCCACACAAGCUGGACUUUGGGCUCAAGCCGGAGUUCCUGAGUCGACCCCCCGGCCCCAGCCUCUUUGGAGCGAUGCACCACCCCCACGACUUAGCACGUCCUGCCACGCUCUUCUCAGCAGCAGGUUCUACACACCCGUCAGCCGGCCCGUUCGGCCACCCGUCCCACCACCCUGGCAACUUCCUCACCCCUGCACCUCACUUAGAGCCAUUCAGUAGGCCUCCCUCAUUUGGAGGACUCGCCUCUCUCAGCACAGCAGCCUUUGGUGGGCUUGGAAACCCAGCACUAACGCCUAACUCUGUGUUUGGCCAUAAAGACAGCCCCAAUGCACAGCAGCACUUCAGCAACAAUCACGAGCCGUGGAACCGGCUGCACCGCACACCGCCCUCCUUCCCCACCCCUCCACCCUGGCUCAAACCUGGCGACUCGGAGAGGAGCGCUUCAGUCAGCUCCCACGAGAGAGACCGAGACUCAGACAAGCGAGACACUUCCUCCGUCAACAAAGAUGACAAGGAGAGGGAAGCAAUGGAGAAGCGUCACCAGACCCAUCCGUCCCCAGUCCCCAUCAACCCCAUCAGCCUGUUGGGUCACAGCCGCCCCCCGGAGCCCCCAAGGAACCACCUGCCCCCCAGCGAACCCCCCAGGGAUAAGGACAAGCCCAAAGACCGAGACAGGGACAGGGAGCACCCCGAAUCCUGGAAGGACAAUGGCACAGACGAGCACAAGCUCAAAGAAAAUCACCACAGCGACAAGGACACAACGCCAAUCAUCCACGACGUGCGGGUGUCUGAGGACAAGGCCAAUGGCAGAGGGACGACCUCACCCUACAUCCGCCAGACCAGCCUGGACCGGCCCAACGGGGGCCUGGGGAGGGGGGGAGAGGAGGCCCUGAUGGAGAAGAAGGGAGAGCUGCCCUCUCCAUACGAGCACCACAAGAAGAACAACAACGAGGUGAAGGUAAAGGAGGAGAGGAAAGAGGAGCAGGACAGCCCUACGGACAGGGACAGGCCCCCCUCUCACCCACACCCUCACAUCCACCCACACCCGCCCCAGGUGCCCCCCACGCCCAGCUUCCACACCCACCCCGCCUCCUCCAUGGCGAUGCCCAUGGGCAUGGCGGGCGUCCACCCAAUGAACAGCAUCAGCGGCCUCGAGAGGACUCGAAUGGUGGCCCCCUUCAUGGGCAUUAGCCCCAUACCAGGGGCAGAGAGGUUCCCCUACCCAGCCUUCCACUGGGACCCCAUGAGGGACCCGUACAGGGGCCUGGACAUCCACAGACGGGACCCUCUGACCAGGGAAUUGCUGCUGAGAAACGACCCCCUGCACCGGCUGGCCGGGCAGCGCCUCUACGAGGCAGAACGCUCCUACAGGGACCGAGAGUCUCAUGACUUUAACCGCGACCACCACCACCCUCUUGUCCUGGAGCAGCGCCGGGAACAGGAGGCCCGGGCCCACCUGGAGGAGCGCGAGCGCCUGCACAUGCUCAGAGAGGACUACGAGCACGGCCGCCUACACGUUGCCAUGCACCACCCGGCCCUGGACGGCCACCUGCCACACCCCCACCCUGGCCUCAUGGCCCCCGGAUUACCCAGCAUGCACUACUCCAGGGUCAGCCCCUCGGCCGCCGCUGCAGCGUAUGCCGCCCACGCUGCCGCAGCCGCAGCCCACCAGAAUGGUAUCCUGAACAAAACACCGCCCACGGCCUCCCUGAGCGCCCCGCCACCCCUUAUCCCCACGCUGGGUGCCAGGCCAGGAUCCCCCAGACGGACUAUGCCACUCACCACAGACAUCAGAGACAGACCGUCAGCCCACAACCACAAAGACAUAGAGGCACGGUGAACGGAGCGGGGUGCAAACCCAGCGUCACCCUGGACUACAGGCAGAUUCUGCCCCAGACCCUGUGUCUGACAGAAUUACUAACACUGAACUCACACCAAGCACUUAGCUUUGGGAAAAUUAGACUGUACCAUAGCUGUGAAUAAUAUGUGGUUGAAAAACACCCACAGAUGAUGUUUUUGUUUUUAAAAAGGGGGGGGGGGUGAAAUUAUGUAAACAAAAAAUGAGAUUUUACUAAACUCUUUUUUCCAGUUUGCUCCUGCUUUUUGUGUGUAUUGUUCUCUUGUAUAGAAAGCGGCCUGGAAUACCCUGAAGGUGUGUAGGCUCAUAGAAACGGCACCCUCACAAAGACAUUUUGGAAUGUACAGGUACUUCAAUGCAUUGACAGACAGCAGAGUGUGUAGAUAUGUGUACAGUCGACAUGCUCACUCCUUAAGGAACAAAUCAAGGUACAAAUAUGCAAAAGGGUGUUUUGAAAGCUUUACUUUGAACAAAUGUAAAUAGAGGACUAUUAUUAAUGAGGAGGAAGGGUAGAAUGUGCUUUUUGCUGAUUGGUUUUUGCUUGACGCGGCAGACAAAGCAUUGUACCAGAGACCACCAUACCCCCCAUUCAACUAUGCAACAAAUGUCUGGGCUUACACUCUGAAAGCCAGCCUGGUCCCCACCCCAACUAACUCUGAAAACACUGUAUUCUCUCCACAACCAAGAUCUCACAAAACCAUUAUAAUGUAUAUAUCACUGAAAUGAAAUAGUGCUCGUAGAAUUUACACUAUAACCGUACAACGGUUGGGCAAACGUAAAACAAUUUUCUUAAAAGUUAUACAAAGUUGUGGUGACAAUCCUUAAAAUGUCUAUUAUAGAGCUAUUUUUAUUUUCAGAGGAAUUCCAAUGCCUGAAGUCGCCGAACGGACAGUUUAAAGUGAGAGAGAUCCCUUACUUAUCAGUUACCCCAACAACUCAACUCACACUACUCCCACUACUAGUCUUGUUUUGGAGAGAAUACAGCACAUUUACAAAAAUACACCACAUUAUCCCUUCUAAAGGAGUGUACAGUAUGUGUUUGGAAAUAAGUUGUGUUUAUCUAACAGUGUAUUAAAGUCCUAAGUUGUUGUAUCUACAAAAAUUUAAAAAAAGACAAAAAAGACAGUCUAAACUAUGGAUAGUUUGUUUCUAAUGAGCAGAGAUCUAUUUUAGUAGUCCACUGAAGGUUUAGUUGUGCGCUUCAAAACUCUGUGAGAGCCAGAUGUUGUGCAGUGUUUUUUAAAACCCCACAUUAAAAAUGUCCACUGGAGCCGUAGUGGUUAGUCAAUGCGUAUUGCAGAGAGAUUGUUAACAAGAAAAACCUUUUUUGCUGUUAAUCAUGUACGUUAAAAAAGUAUUUCUAGAAUCAAAAAAAAAUGUAAGACCAAAAAAAAAGAAGCGACUGAAUCUUCAGCAUGCUCCUCAUUUAAACUUGUGUUAUGUCAAUUGUGCCAUGUUAUUAAAAAAUGUGAACUAAAAAUGUCUACUGGCUUUUUU